CAGAUAUAACCCGGAUGUUAGAGCAAUGGAGCCAGCAGAAGUCUUUAUAAAAAAGCAGGGGAAAAAAAGAUGAUUACUUCAAGUGAGAAAUCAAGGAGUAAAUCUGUAUUGUUAUGACGUCAAACUGUAUUAUGGUCAGUACACAGAAAGUUUCACUACAAAGAAUGGCUGCUAUGAAUAAGAGCCCACCUUUAGAAGUGCCCAAGAGUGGGCUGGCAGAGUAUGAAACGUUAGCUUCUAAACACCAAGCUGAUCCUCUGUGUGAGAACAUGCAACCGACUUCACCUGUAUGGAGCUGUGUGUCAAUGAAAAGUGACCAUUCAAUGAACCCUCCACUGAAGUUUCAGAAAGAAUCAUCAAGCAUUCCCAGUGUACAACCGACAUCACCUGUAUCGAGCUGUGUGUCAAUGAAAAGUAACAAUUCAAUGGAUCCUCCACUAAAGUUUCAGGAAGAAUCAUCAAGCAUUCCCAGCAUGCCACCGACUUCACCUGUAUGGAGCUGUGUGUCAAUGAAAAGUGACCAUUCAAUGAACCCUCCACUGAAGUUUCAGAAAGAAUCAUCAAGCAUUCCCAGCGUACAACCGACAUCACCUGUAUCAACCUGUGUGUCAAUGAAAAGUAACAAUUCAAUGGAUCCUCCACUAAAGUUUCAGGAAGAAUCAUCAAGCAUUUCCAGCAUACCACCGACUUCACCUGUAUGGAGCUGUGUGUCAAUGAAAAGUGACCAUUCAAUGAACCCUCCACUGAAGUUUCAGAAAGAAUCAUCAAGCAUUCCCAGCGUACAACCGACUUCACCUGUAUGGAGCUGUGUGUCUAUGAAAAGUGCCCGUUCAAUGAACCCUCCACUGAAGUUCCAGAGAGAGUCAUCAAGCUUUCCCAGGUUACAACCAUCUUCACCUGAUUCUGGCUGCAUGUCGAUGAAAAGUAACAAUUCAAUGGAGCCUCCACUAAAGUUUCAGGAACAAUCAUCAAGCAUUCCCAGGCAUUAUCCAUCCUCAUUCUGGACAAUCCAACAGGAGAGAUCACAAACAUCAACACCCAGCUGUGCAUCUGUCAAAAGUGACUGGUCUAUGGACCUUCCAGACUCGUUGAACAAAUCUUCUCGGCACAGCAAUCGAACCAAGCUCCCACGAAAACCAAAGAAACAAUUAUUUAUGAGCAUGAAUGACUUCGCUCAUGACUCUGAAAGGACGAUCCAGCAGGAGAGAUCACAUACAUUGGCAUCCAGCAGUGCAUCUGGCAAAAGUGACUGGUCAAUGGACCUACCAGAUUCUUUUAACAAAUCUUCUUGGCACAGGAAUAGGAAUCAAACCAAGAAUCAACCAAGAAAACCACGGAAAAACAGAUAUGGAACUUCAAAAAACAUGAGUUACUCUGCUCCAGAUUCUCAAAACUCACCACCGACUUCAACUUUAUCGAGCUGUGUGUCAAUGAAAAGUGACUAUUCAAUGGACCAUCCUCCAAUAAAGUUGCAGGAAGAAUCAUCAAGCAUUCCCAGGGUACAACCGACUUCUACUUUAUCAAGCUGUGUGUCAAUGAAAAGUGACAAUUCAAUGAAUCCUCCACUGAAGUUUCAUGAAGAAUUAUCGAGCAGCAUAAAAAUAAGCUGUCUGUCAAUAAAUGAUGAUAAUUCAAUGGAACCACCACCAAAGUUGCAAAGUGAAACAUCUCAACUGCCCAGGUGCUCCAAAUUUCCUGACAAAGAAAUAUGCAUGAAAUUAAAAUCCAGUCUAAAGAAUCGAUUCCAGCAGUUACCUGAUGGACUACAAAGGUAUGGACAUUCAACACUACUCUCUGAGAUCUACACAGAGCUUUACAUUACAGAAGGAGGAAGUGGAGAAGUAAAUAAUGAACAUGAGGUGAGACAGAUUGAGACAGCAUCAAGACUUUACCAGUUAGCAGACGACAAGCCAAUUAAAUGCAAUGACAUCUUCAAACCUAUACAAGAACAUAGAGUAAUUAGGACUGUAAUGACAAAGGGAGUUGCAGGCAUUGGAAAAACAGUCUCUGUGCAGAAAUUCAUUCUGGACUGGGCCGAAGGCACCGCAAAUCAGGAUGUCCACUUCAUAUUCCCACUUCCCUUUAGGGAGCUUAACUUGGUGAAGAACCAACACUUCAGUCUGGAUGAUUUGGUUCACUAUUUCUUUCCAGAGCUGAAAGAAAUAAAGUUUACAAAUGUAACCAACCACAACAUUGUGUUUAUUUUUGAUGGUCUGGAUGAACAUCGUUUUUUGCAGGAUUUUCAUAACAGUAUGAUUGUAAGUGAGGCAAAUAUACCUACCUCAAUUGAUGUUUUACUGACCAACCUCAUCAAGGGGAAUCUCCUUCCUGCUGCACUCAUUUGGAUAACCACUAGACCAGCAGCAGCUAGUCAAAUUCCUUAUGAAUGGAUAAGUCAGGUCACUGAGAUCCGAGGAUUUAAUGACCCUCAAAAGGAAGAGUACUUAAGGAAGUACAUCAGAGAUGAAACCCUGGCCAAUGAUGUCAUCAAUCAUUUAAAGUUGUCAAGGAGCCUUUAUAUUAUGUGCCAUAUACCAGUGUUUUGUUGGAUUUCAGCAACUGUUUUAGAGAAGAUGUUAAAAGAAGCAGAAGGUAAAGCAAUUCCUAAAACACUGACUCAGAUGUACACACAUUUUCUCAUAAUUCAGACUUGCAUUCGAAAGAAAAAAUAUAAUGAGACUCAGCAGCGUGAUGAAAUAGAGAUGAUUGUUAAAUUAGGAGAGCUUGCUUUCAAGCAGUUGAUAAAAGGAAAUUUGAUUUUCUACGAGGAAGACCUGAAGGAGUGCAGCAUCAAUGUGAGGGAUGCAGUCCUACACUCUGGGGUUUGCACACGAAUCAUCAAAAAGGACUCUGAACUUCUCUAUAAUAAAGGAAACGUCUACUGCUUUGUACAUUUAAGCAUCCAAGAACACCUUGCAGCUUUGUAUGUGCACGUUACCUUCAGCAACGGGAACAAAACUGUGCUUACGCAGUGGAGUCCGACAAGGUGCGCUAUUUCCUUUCCGUGUCCAUCCCUAACCGACCUUCACAAGAGUGCUGUGGACAAAACCUUGCAAUGUAAAAGUGGGGAGUUUGACCUGUUUCUCCGCUUUCUUCUUGGCAUCUCUCUGGAAAGUAACCAGACUCUUCUGCAAGAGCUGUUGCCACAGAUAUCACCGUGCGGUUCCCAAAGUGUUCAAGACACAAUUGAAUACAUCAAGAUCCGGCUCAGGAUGAACCUUAAUCCAGAAAAGUUUAUCAACCUGUUUCAUUGCCUAAAUGAACUCAAUGAUUUUUCUUUAGAGGAGGAGAUACAAAACUUACAGAAAUCCAGGCUUCUUGCCAAGACAAAGCUUUCCCCUUCACAGUGGGCUGCUCUGGUGUUUGUGUUGCUGACCUCAGGAAAUGCACUAGAUGUCUUUGACCUGAGAAAAUACAGCAUGGACAAAACUGAUGAAUGCCUUCAUAGAAUGCUGCCUGUUGUGAUGGCGUCCAGAACAGCUGAGGUCAGAAACUGUAACCUUGUAAAUAAAGGCUUUCAAGCUCUGGCUUCAGCCCUUAGCUCGAAGUCUUCGUGCCUGAGGGAACUGAAACUCAGUGGUAAUGUUUUGCAUCAGUCUGGGAUACAAAUUAUUUCUGAAGGUCUUCAGUGUCCACACUGUAAACUGGAAAUUUUGGAGUUGUCUGAUUGUCAAAUUCAAGCAGAAGACUGGAUAUCCCUUUUUUCAGCUCUUGAUUCCAACCCUUCACACCUGAGACAUCUUGAUCUGAGCUUCAAUCCCCUGCAUGAAGCAGGAACAUCUCACCUCUCUAACGCUCUGCAAAAUCCUCACUGUAGGCUAGAGACAUUAAAGCUUUAUAGCUGUCAAAUAAACAGUCAAAGCUGUGCAAACCUGGCUGCAGGGCUGAAGAAUAACUCCAGCCUGAUUGAGUUGGAUUUGAGUAAAAAUAUGCUCAAGCCCAAUGGAAUACGAUGUCUCUCAGCAUUCCUGAAGAAUCCUUCCUGUAAAGUGAAGGUUCUAAGCUUAGCAGACUGUGGCAUCACCAGUGCUGGCUGCGGGUACUGUCUAAUGCUCUAAAUGCAAACCCUUCUCACCUGAGGGAGCUAAGUCUGAACAGGAAUCCAAUAACUGACAAAGGAGUAGAGUGCAUCUCUAAUUUUCUAAGAGAGCACUUCUGUAUGCUUGAGAAGCUAAGUUUGUCCUACUGUUCUGUCACUGAAAGUGGUUGCAUUGCUCUGGCCUCGGCUCUCAAACUGAACCCAUCACACCUCAGAGAGCUGGAAUUGACUGGAAACAAACCAGGGAUCUCUGGACAGGAAAAACUUAAGGCUCUACAACAGCAUAGAGACUACAGACUGGAAAAACUAAAGUUGUAAAAGACUAUGGCCUGCAUUGGACACAACUAAACAUUCUCUGCCAUGUACUUUUUGUCAGAGAUCCCACCUUGUUCCAUUCGGAUCGCAUCCCUUCACACUUCCGCAUUGCAUUCUGUGUGUUCAUAGUUACGUGUGUAUGUAUUUGUUUACAUUUACAUAAUGUCUCCACCCCUGUCAUUGGUUAAUGUCUUUAUGUGUGUUUUUGUUCACUGCUGUUCUCACACCCAUGUUUGUUCUUACACACAUACUAAGCAAUUCUCAGGCCAAGUUUCAUAGUCUAUGGUUCAUCUUUCCUGGAUUUUGAGCUUGUUUUGUUUUCUCAUUUUGUUUUCUCCUUCCCUUCCUUGUUUUUUUCCUAGUUCACUAAUUUCCUAAUUCCUAGUUUCUGCUAAUUUGCAUUCCUUAGUUUGCCAGUAUUUCAUAAGUGUGCAUAUCCUGCACUUGCAUCCACUAUUGUGUAUUCCCACAUUACAUUACGCCUGCCAUGUGCCACUGAAAUGCACAGUAUGUAAAUGUUAAAAAUGCUCAAAAACAAGAUGAAAGUGUGAAAGGUGAAUGACUACACACUGGGCAUGGUGUUCUGGCGUUUGUCUUUCACCUGAGGAGGAUACCAUGCAAAGUGGAUGAGUGGCUGCUGUGAUGGCAUCAAGAACAUCUGAGUAAUUUUGUGCAUGGAAAGAUGUUUAAUGACUGUACUGACUGCUGUUUGUCUAAAGCUCAUGAACCUUUUAACUGUAACAAUUACACUUCAGGCAACAAACACACACACACACACACACACACACACACACACACACACACACAAACACACAUAACUGGUCUUUUUGGGGUUUCUCUUUGAUCUUUUUCUCUUGAUCACCCUAUGCCUGGAACAUGUUUACAUGGAUUAGUGUAUAAAAAAAAAAGAAAAAAAAAGACAGGCCUUGUGUUUUCCUGUAGAUGUUUUGGUAAAAGCUGCAAUAUAGGCAACAAUAUUGUACAUCAUAUUAUAUAUAUUAUACUUCACAUACUACAGAGUUCUUAUGUCAAAUAUAUACUGUAAAAAUUGAAUGCUGAAUUAUACUUGUAAUACACUAAUUGUUCUUUUUUAUUUUUGUGAAGAAGUUGUUUUGUAUCUGUGAAUGUUCACAAAUGCACCAUGAAGCAUUUAAUUCUUUAUUUCCAUUUUUCGGGAACUAUACGAUUGUCAUGCUGUAAGAUUCUCCAAAUCUACUGUAGAUUAUUACCUCCUCUAGGAACAAUAUCCUAGAGAAAAAUAGAAAAUGUUUUACGACAUGUGGUGAUAAUCAGUUAAAUAAUAUAUUGUUAUGUUUUGGGACCAUGUUUGGGACAAAUCAGUGGCUUUAGAAUAUAGCUUUGUGUAGCUAACAUUAAUUUAGUAUCCAACAGAUAAUGUCAUCAUGGUUACACUAAAUUAUAUUCACUGUACAACUGUAUUACGCUUAAAAUGAUACAGUCUAAGUUAGUGUCAUUUUUACACAGUGUUUGUACUUAACACAGUAAAGCUUGCCGUUGAUAGAAUUAUAUUUGGAGUUGCCAGUUACUUCUUUAAUACCCAAUGCCCUUCUUACUCUUGGUGUAGUUCAUUUCCUCUUGGUGCUUUAUAGGAUGUUAAAAAGUUUGGGAUAUUUUUUUUAUGUUAUUUAUCGCAAGCAUUGCCACUGCCUUGAAUCUGCAUGAUACUUUAUGUUUGAACAAGUUUUAAAAAAAGGGAAAAAAAAGGUUUCUUCAUGAUGCCUGUAGUGUGAUACCAGGCCAUAAUAAAUUGCCUAAUAUUCCACAAUAUAAUAUACAUUAUAUCGGAUCGGUGUUUCGGACCGGUGUCUGAUCGGAAAGUGGCAUUACUCUUUAACUGAUAACUGAUGGUAUUUCGUUAUUUUGUCUGUCCUAUAUAUGUGAACUUUGUUAUAUGUUUCUGGAGUUUGUUUAACAUGUAUUCUUUUGUACUAUUUUUUGUCUAUUUUAAUAACAUGUCUAAAAUAAAAAUAGAAAAAAGAAUGUGAAAAAUUGAUUUAAAAAUAUAUUAUAAACCCAUAAAAAAUUA